AUGGUUCAAGCCGAAUCCUCAGCCAGUGCCUCUCGUAAUGGCCUCAAGGCGCAUACGGCCGGCGCCCCUCCUGACUAUGAACUGCCCUGGGUAGAGAAAUAUCGCCCGGUAUAUCUCGAUGAUAUUGUUGGAAACACAGAAACAGUUGAGCGCUUGAAGAUCAUCGCUAAGGAUGGAAACAUGCCGCACGUUAUCAUCUCGGGCAUGCCCGGUAUUGGAAAGACUACUUCGAUCUUGUGCUUGGCGAGACAGCUACUGGGAGACGCAUAUAAGGAGGCGGUUCUGGAGCUCAAUGCUAGUGAUGAAAGAGGUAUCGACGUGGUACGGAACCGGAUCAAAGGCUUUGCGCAGAAGAAGGUCACUUUGCCGCCUGGUCGUCAUAAGCUUGUCAUCCUUGAUGAGGCAGAUAGUAUGACAUCAGGUGCCCAGCAAGCUUUGCGGCGUACAAUGGAGAUUUACUCGUCGACUACACGGUUCGCGUUCGCCUGUAAUCAGUCAAAUAAAAUCAUCGAGCCGAUUCAGUCGCGAUGCGCUAUCCUACGUUAUGCUCGGUUGACCGAUGCGCAAAUUGUCAAGCGUCUGAAACAAGUAUGCGAUGCUGAGAAAGUGGAACAUAACGAAGAGGGCAUUGCCGCCCUGGUAUUCAGUGCUGAGGGAGAUAUGCGUCAGGCUAUCAACAACUUGCAGAGUACAUGGUCGGGUUUCGGUUUCGUCAGUGGGGACAACGUCUUCAGGGUGGUCGACAGCCCGCACCCGAUCAAGGUCCAGGCAAUGAUCAAGGCCUGCUGGGAAGGCAAGGUUGAUGCGGCGUUGGAGACACUGAAUGAAUUGUGGGAAUUGGGGUAUUCCUCCCAUGAUAUCAUCAGUACCAUGUUCCGUGUCACCAAGACAAUUCCCACUCUGUCAGAACAUUCGAAGUUGGAAUUCAUCCGGGAGAUUGGUUUUACGCACAUGCGCAUUCUAGACGGCGUGCAGUCACUGCUGCAGCUUAGCGGCUGCGUUGCGAAGCUUUGCAGGAUCAACAUGAAGCCGCAGCUCUUUGAGCCGCCGAAGAAUUGA